CACGUGUAUCACCCACAGGUUCGGCCGUCUCCGGACCACCGGCCGCCCGCACCGACCCUCCGGCUGGGGCGGCCGCAGUUCCCGGGGCGGCCGGGCGGCGCCGCUGUCGGGGGAGGGCGGGGCGGCGGGCGCGGGGGAGGCUGGGAUCGGGGAUUCCCCGGCUCUGGGAGCGCGAAGCGGUGGCCGGACGGUGAGAGCGGGGAAGCCGCGGGCUCCGGUCCCGAGGGCGGGGAGCGGUAGCGGGCUCCCGGCGGCGGCGGGGGAGCAAGCUGUGAUCCCUCUGUGGACCCCGCAAGCCACUCCCAACAUGUCGGACAGCCAGCUGGAUGAGCCGCUGAGCCAGGAGACGUUUCGCCAGCUCUGGGAAUCGCUUCAGUUACCAGAGCCCGAGCUCAGCCUCUCACCACAGCUGGAGAAUAAGAUGCCAAUGUGGCCGACCCUGGGUGCUCUGGACCUGGAGAACCCGUUGCUGAACGUGGAGAACGGUUUGCUGGACGCAGCCCUGACACCCUCCUCCUCCCAGGCCGGCCUCGCGGAUGGCCCUGUCACCCACGCCUCCACUGUCCUCGCCACCACCGACUACCCUGGACCCCACCAGUUCCAGCUUCACUUCCAGAAAUCCAGCACAGCCAAGUCUGUCACCUGCACGUUCUCCCCCUCCUUGAACAAGCUCUUCUGCCAGCUGGCCAAGACCUGCCCCGUGCAGGUCCAUGUGAGCUCACCGCCCCCUCCGGGCUCCCUGCUCCGGGCCACGGCCGUCUACAAGAAGUCGGAGCACGUGGCGGAGGUGGUGAAGAGGUGCCCCCAUCACGAGCGCAGCUCGGAGAACGACGGACCAGCUCCCCCGAGCCACCUGAUCAGGGUGGAGGCGAACAGCCGGGCGAGGUACAUCGAGGACACUCACACCAAAAGGCAGAGUGUGCUGGUGCCCUACGAGUCGCCACAGGUGGGAUCGGACUGCACUACGGUGCUCUACAACUUCAUGUGUAACAGCAGCUGCAUGGGAGGCAUGAACAGGCGGCCCAUUGUCUCCAUCAUCACCCUGGAGGGUCCCGAUGGCCAGCUGCUGGGCCGUCAGUGCUUUGAGGUGCGAGUGUGCGCCUGUCCCGGACGCGAUCGCAAGAGUGAGGAGGAGAAUCUGCGGAAGCAGCAGGAGGCGGCCGCGGAGAAAUCAAGCACCCCGGCAGCCAAGCGCUCGAUCCGGGAGGUUGAGGUUCCCCAGGCCAACACCGCGCCCGUCCCCAGCAAGAAGAAGUUGGCUUCUGACAACGAAAUCUUCACCCUACAGGUCCAGAGCCGCAAACAUUACGAGCUGCUGAAGAAGAUCCAGGAGGCGCUGGAGGUGUCAGAACUGAUCCCCACGGGUGUGGUGGAGGCCUACAGGCAGCAGAAGCAGCACUUCAAAGCUGCCCACAAGAAAGAGAAAAACAGUGCGGAGGUGAAGAAAGGGAAGAAGUUGCUUGUGAAGGACGAGAGAGAUUCAGACUGACCCCCCCGUGCAGACCGAGGGUCCUACCCUCGGCCACUCUUACAUGAAACUGCCCGGCUUUGUUUACUUCUGAAACUUUCCACUGCACAGCCUUUGGCUGGGGUCUGGGACCUGGGGUGUCACUGGCUGUCCCGGUGCUCUGCCCCCACCCCUUGGGGUUAGGCUGACUGCACCCCUCCCCGAUGCCAGCGGAGAGCAAGUCCGCUCAGACCUGCCGCCGCCCCCUCUCCUUGCCCUGGCGGUGAGAUUCCCCACACCCCUGGCACAGACAGCCACCUACUGUCGCUUCCCCUCGGAUCCUACAUCUCUGCUCGGGGAAGUCCUCCGUCUGCACUCGUCGUUCUAAACGGCUUGGUGAAAUCUCCUUCCACUGAUCCAAAGAAAACAGCCGGGGGCUCCUCACGCCUGUAACUCCCCAGGCCUGACACUCCCCUGCUAAAUCCCUCUGCUCUGCUCCCUCGUCCUUCCUGCAGUGUGGCAGCUGCAGUCCUGCUCUAUACGUGUUCGGAGUAACCAUCUGCUCCCUUACCCCUAUCCCCUGCUCCACCCUUUGUGGCUUUGUGCUGUGAUAUCCCUCUGUUCCUCGCCCACCCACCCAGUAUCCCGGGACCCCGUGUGCCCGUUCUCCCAGAGCCUUCCCGACAGAGGCAGAGAGAGGUGGCAGGCAGGCUGCUUAUCAGGCUGCUUGUUGUUAAGGGCGGGCGGGGGAACGUUGACUGUAGCAGGUCUAUGAGCAAUCUGUUCCCCCCACUCCCACACCAAAUAGAAAGCAUUUCCUCUCCUUGUUUCCCAGCUCCCUCCUCACCCCAACUUCCAAGGAAUAGCAGGAACAUUGCCUUCCAUCUCUGCUUCCGCCAGCCUCCCAGGGAGACGGUGAAAUCUGUGGAGGGGUUUCACCCUGUCUGGGAAAUGGCGGGUUUGGGGGGUGAGGGUGGGGAGUGGAAGGAGAGCCAUUUGGUCCUCUGGGUUUGCAGGGGCCAGUAACCACUGAUCCCGACCUCUCCUCCCUCGCCAGCUGCCGGGCAUUGACAUCCGGACCUACCCAGGAGCUGAGAACAUCUCGAUGGGCGGUACGGAACCGUCCAAUCUGGGCCACAGGAUGGCCGAACUCCCCCCAUCAGCUCACCCACACCCACCUUGCUCCCUCCACCCCAGACCAGACUACCUUGGAAGCUUUAUUAACCAAACUUGAUGCAUUUGUUUUUAAUAGUUUUUUUUAAUCAGGCGGAGGGUGAGGUUUGACGGUGAGGCUGUGCAGGACACCAGUGUCCCCUUUCCUGUUCCAGAAACACUAACGCCUCGUUUUCCGGUAGUUUGCAGUCCAUCUGACUGACACGUGACGGAGAGAGGGGUUUCACCUCUCCUGAGAGCUGCUGGUGGAUCAGAGCUGCUCAGACCUGGGAGGAAGCGCAGGAAGACUGCCACUUGUAGUGGCACUGAAUGGAGAGUGUGGGAGAGGGUCAGCUCCCUCCCCUGACCCUCGGAACACUGCCUCAGAGCCCCGGCCCACCUCCUCCUCGCUGCUAUCCUUAAUCUUCCCGAGGUUCAAAGAUCUUCCCAGCUUUUAUCCUCAGACCUCACUGGGACCUAUUUUAUUUAGUGUUUGAAAUGUACAGCCCUGGUGUCGUACACAAGCCAUCCCACCCGAUGUCUGCUCUCAGUGCCUGUUACUGUAGACGGUUUUUUUAUAUUCAGUCAAUAAAACAUGCAUUGCCAUCUA